GUGAACCUGCCGUGGCAGCGAUGGGACGAGCUCGGAGAAAUGACAGCAGGAGCAGGAAUUUAGGCUGAACGGCCACCGAGCACGGACGGCACCGAGGACUGUCUGCCCAACUAUGUGACAGCUGACGUCCCCCCCACUUACCCGGAGACGUUGUCAUGUUUUUUUAUUUCUUUUCGUAUACUAAGAAAUGGAUCUAGUGAAAUGGGUGCUGAAGUUGACCCGGCGGUGUCCUCUGGAUGUUGCGGCGCUGCUCCCUCUCAAACUCGACUAGUGGACAUGCUACCUCUCUCUGCGGGACGGUGAGAUACGGUCGCAGCUGUAGCGGAGAAAUAACGGGAGCCGGCGUGCUGGAGAUAACGGAAUUACCUCUCUGACCGAACAACUGUGAGCUGCUGUUCACUCUGAAUUUUCUCCAGGAUCUCUCGCCCUGCUGAGGAGACUUUCCUCUCAAUUGUUUUCUAGGUAGACUUCUAUUUUGCAUGUUGUUUUUUUGUCGGCUAAAAAUAGACCACAAUUCAUGCAAUUGCACUGCAUGAGCCUUUAAUCCGCACAUUCAGUGUAACGCUCUUAAAUCGUCAAAUUACACUUUUUAUUGUGAGGAAUUGGGGCCACAGCGGAUUAAACGGACAUUAGGCUGCUGCACGCUGGGUGAGCGUCACAUCGGAGCUGCCAUUUGGCGAUUUUAACUGUCCGUGUGCGCUGUCCAGUGCGAUUUUUACGCUCAUUUUUGUCCACAGCUGGAUUUAGAGCUGUUGCUAAAUAAUCCUGGGGUAUUUUUAAUCACACAACGCAGAAUUUGACGCCAAAAUGUAACACUAUAGCUGCUUCUCUUAAUUAUUCAUCUCAUAAUUACCCUGAACUUUUACGCACACCUUUCCAGUGGAUACACUUGUCCAAAGCGUCAAGUCGUUUGUGAUAUUUCGCAUUUAGGAGGCUGUUACUUUUAACUUGACAGCAUGGAAACCUCAUGGCACGGAUAAGGAAUUUUAUUAUUCCUGCGCAUGUUUGAUGAAGUUGCUUUUACGCACCGGAAAGCAUGCGCUCUACAGAUGUAAAGCUUCUCUAGGCCUGUCUUUUUCUCCCUUUGUUCCAGUAAUUUUUGAUCAAAGAUGCAUGACUUUUUAAAGAGACAGUCUGCUAUAAAUAAACACCUUUCAUUCUUGUUUUUCUGGACGCUUUGAUGUGCUUUCAUCUGAGGUAAUUUUCUUGCUGUUUCCAUGCGUCUUUCUUCUCCUCCAGACCUCUGGACGUUGUUGUGGAUUGUGUUGCUAUUUAAUGCAAUGGGCUGUAUCCAGAGUAUCAGGUGUAAGCCUAAGAGUUUCCGAGACAGUAUCAUCGUCCUGGAGGUGAACAGUUCCAUCGAUCCAAACCCCACCAGCAUCGACGAGUCAUCCAGCGUGGUCCUGCGCUACCGGACGCCGCACUUCAGAGCGUGUGCCCGGGUCUUGGUGCCGCCAGUGGCCGGCAAAGAGACAUGGACGAUCGGCUGGAUUCAAGCUUGUAACCACAUGGAGUUCUACAACACUUAUGGAAACAAAGGGAUGUCAAGUUGGGAGCUCCCCGACCUCCGUGAUGGGAAAAUCCAGGCCAUCAGUGACUCAGACGGGGUCAACUACCCUUGGUACGGCAACACCACGGAGACCUGCACUGUUGUAGGCCCCACCAAGAAGGACAGCAAGUUUACCGUUAGCAUGAAUGACAAUUUCUACCCCAGCGUGACAUGGGGCGUGCCCGUCAGCGACAGCAAUGUGCCUCAGCUUAGCAGCAUCCGCCGCGACCAGAGCUUUACGACCUGGCUGGUGGCGAUCAACCAGGCCACAUCGGAGACGCUCGUCCUGCAGACAAUUCGCUGGAGGAUGCGGCUUCACAUAAAAGUAGACCCUGAGAAACCUCUGGGGGAAAGGGCUGUUCUAAAUGAGCCCGUAGCCCAGGAACAGCCUCAGAUCCUAGGCAAAAAUGAGCCCAUCCCUACAAACGCCAUGGUCAAGCCUAACGCCAAUGACGCCCAGGUGCUGAUGUGGCGGCCAAAGAAUGGUGACCCCGUGGUGGUCAUCCCACCCAAAUACUGACCUGUUUCACUGACCAGACUGGCCUUGGAUACCUUAACAGUAUCAUCUUUUAUUUGUUGUCUUUCUUUUGUUCCUGCUCAUCACCAGCUCUCACUGCUUUACCUUUUUCCCUCCUUUUUGCCUCAAAAUAUUUCUUUUCAAAAUCGACUGAAGAAAGAAAAAAAUGGGCUGAAACAAAGAAACCACCUCUGAGAAGAACAGCUGGAAAAGCUUCAAGUCAUGGGCUCUAACUGGAGCGAACAAACUGCAACCAUUCUACCUUCAAACUGGGUCGGAUUGCACUGUGCUAAAUGACAUCAUUGCAAAAAUGAAAAACUAGAGAAUUUCUUUGUUUUGUUUUUUUUAAUUUCAGUUUUAUAUAUUUGGGCCACAUGGGCCAGUUCUUUUAAGGGUUUGUGAGUGUGGAUUUAAGUAUUUACAUGUCCAUGACUGUGUCUGCACAUGUGGGCAUGCACAAACCUUGUGUAUGAAUACCAGUUGUGUUUUUAUUUAUAGGCUGGGAGAGAGUGCAUUGAAUUCUAUUGUUGUUUUGUCCUGUGAUAUACAUGACAAAUUGUACUGGUUGAGAUUUUAGUACUUUUUUAAAAACAUGCAAGACAUUCAAUCCAUGCUGCCUUAAGUUUACAUCGCUUUCCACUGCAAACGUAUUAGCCUUAAACCAAGUGCAAUGCAGUAUUUUGCUCAUUUCUCCCUUCUCUUCCACACAGUUGGUGCUGGUUAUGUGUGGGUUUAGGACAGGAAUGACACCACAGAGGAAGACACAGGUGUGAAGUUGAGCUCUUAGGUUCAGUUGCAUAUGACGUAUGUACUGUCUAAUGUGUAGGCAUUGUGGUUCGUAGUGUUUCAAGUGCUUUAUGCAGCAGAAGAGAACAUCAGCAAAGCCAAACUUAGUCAACGGCAAUCAGUAUAACAAAAUGCAAUAACAAAUACAGCAUGAAGCACUCAAAAUUACUCCUUUGUACCUCAUUUCUUUAUUUGCAUUCACUCUGAAGGCAGUUGUAGUGUCAGCAUCUGAAAACCUGACUUCCUUUCAGUUAAACAUCUCAUCUCAGGGCCCUAUUUUCAUUUCCUCCCUUCUUUUUGCAUCCAUCCUGUCAAGUCUCGUCUUCUUUGCUGCUGUGAAUAACUGAGCAUUUAAAAUACGUAAGCAAUUAAUACUUUGAUUAUCAUCCAUUCACAGAGUAAAUGGCUUAGCAUAUUUGCCCAAUGUGUUCGUCAAUCUUUGCCAUAUUCUGUUUGUUUUCCUUGCCUUCAUUUUAAAUCAAUAUCGCCCUACUUCUCCAUAAAUAUUAAUACAUCUGUGUGCGUGUCAGCCCCACGUCCUUGAGCAUUUGUAAUCUUCAUCUUCACCAGUGUUUCUCCCCUCCCUCCCACCUUCCCCUCUCUCUUUUCACUCCGUGUUAUUUGUAUCUGUUGUCGAGGCUGAAAAGCAGAGCAGAGGAGGCAUGCAAGUUUGAUCCCGACUGCUCGGUUGGCAUAUAGAUGACCCACUUCCCGGCUUUGCCAGUUGUAGCUCUCUCUCGCUGCAGAAAUGUGGGGCUUGUCUCGCCUUCUUACACCAAAAGCAAAUAUAAGACACAAACACGCAUAAAUAAACAGCUCUGCUCGGCUAAACAGCAGCGAUAAAUGAGAUGACGACUCUUAAGCUGCUCAUCCGUGAGAGGAGCUGCAAACUUUUUAAACAGAGGAGAGAAAAGAGGGAACUGACACCAAAGUGUUUUAUCUCCCAAUCAUGGGAAGCUAAAAUUAGGGUAAUAAGUUAUUUAUGUAUAAAUUCUUUUCAGAAAUUUCCUUUUAUUGGCUCCUAUUGUGUUUUACCAUGCAGCAAACAUCUUCCAAGCUCAGCAUCCUGCUAAGUUUCUGCAUUUUAGCUGCAAUCAAAGGAAACAUCUGCACUUAAGUUUAACCUGAGCAUGUAUUGCUGCUGUUUCAGUGUAGCAUCUUCCCGCUUUAAGCUGGACUCCAUAGACAGGCCUUUUCUUUACAUAAUAGAACAUUUUUGUCACAAUUCAUUUUUUACUGUUUUGAUUUGAGUGAUUUUCUUUACACAGAAAGUUAAGGAAAUAUGCUAGUUUGCUUUCCAGCAUAGAUUUUAAUGCCUGUAUGCUAAAUAUGCAGCUACAGCCAGCGGUUAGCAUAGCCUAGCAUGACUGGAAGAAGGUGGAAACAACCAUGUCCUCAAAUGAAAGAAAACAUCUACCAGUGCCUCUAAAGCUCUUUAAAUUACUGUUUAAUAACUUUGUUUUAAAGCCAUACCGGUAGUGAAGAGCUGAAGCAGCAACUGUUUGAUCCAGAUGAUGUGCUUGCUGUCUUUUAGCUAAGCUAGGCUAUGCUAACCACUCUUCAGUUGUAUCACUAUCUUCUGAACUCUUCGAGGUUAUAUCAAUUUUUUUAGCAAGUAAAUGAACUUUUCUGAAAGAUAUUCUGUCAUUUAUUUGACUUUUUUUCCUCUUUAUACCACAGCUUAAGUAAGUUGCACAUGUUAUGCUCCUGUUAAACAGUGUGACCUAGCUAGCUUGGCUUUGUAGUCAAAGAUAGUUGUAAGACUAUUGGUGGAAAGUUGCUAAAAUUAGAUCUGCAGUGACCUGAGACUGUAUUAAGCAUGGACAUACUCUCAGUGAUGUCACCCAUAGGUACCUGAAGAGGAGUUUUGAAGCCAAAUAAUGGUGGUCACCAUGUUUGAAAUAGGACUUUAACCCAACUUUCAAUCAAUCUAAAAUCAGGCUAAGAGAUGAGGCUGAGGCAGGCUUCAAAGCUCAGUUCAGUUCAGACCAAAGACUUGCAAUGCAACAAGAACAUUUUUGUUGCAGUGAACAGUUGCAACUAUGGCAACUGAGCCGUUACAGCUCGAAUAUAGAGCACCGUAUUAGUUAAUAUGAGAAAUUUAAGGUUAAACAAGACUAAGAUGGCAAAGCUUUUGUGUUUAUAUGUGCUGUCAAAUUGUGCUACCAUGCUGGCAACCACUCAUACACAGCAUUUGGGAAAGGGCAGAGCCUUUGAAAAAAACUUGGAGGGAGAUUGGACGAAUUUUCUGUCUGUCACAUCUUUACGGGCCAAUCAGAGCAACAAAACAUGUGACGU